CGCGUAUAAAAGAGUCCGCACGCACGCACCUGCCGGGCCUGCCAACACUACAUGAUUUUUCUGAAUCGCACUCAAAACCACAUUCAUCGACAGGGCAUUGGACAAGGCUUGUCCCACAAGAACACUGGACUAUAAGCACUCGAUUGUGCAUUCUCGCAUUUAUCACCAGAAAUUUUUAGAUUGCAACUUUUCCCCAGCAUCAACAUGACUAUCAGCGAGGACCGCAACAUCAUCAUCGUGGGCGUUGGCUCCCUCAUGUCCAAAUCCCUUGCCCUCUGGCUGGCAAGCCUCGGAUGGAACAUCGCCCUGAUAUCCCGCUCCGAGCAGAACCUGUCAGCCAUCGCCAAGGAAGUGCGCGAAGCGCAGAAAAGCCCCGCGGCCAAAGUUCUCUACCGCACGGCCGAUGCGGGCGAACCUGCAAGCCUGACCGCCGCGCUCGACUGGUGUCUCCAGGAAUUCGGAGGCACGCUGGACGUCCUGUGCUACAACGCGGCCCGCGUCACCGGCACGGAUAUCACCAGCACAACACCAGAGGAACUGCAAGCAGACUUCAAGAUCUCCGCUGUCGGUACGUUGGUGGCGGGUCAGUGGUUCGCGGGCGAAAAUCACGCCCGGGUCGACCGCGUGGCCCAGGGCGAAUGGCCCCUGUUUCUGGUCACGGGUGGCAUUCUGGACAAGGAGCCGCAGCCCAUCGUUGCCUCGCUGUCCUCCGUGAAGGCCGCGUCGCAGACACUCAGUCGCCUGUUCGCCAAGGCUUUGCCGGACAAGGCCAGGAUCCUGGUGGGGAUGCCGCUGAUUACGGGGCGGGUGGUGAGCCCCGGCACUGAAGGAUAUCAGCCAAAGUUCGACCCGGGUACGGUGGUCGCUUCGGUCUUCAAGCCCUUCUUCGAGGAUCGUGAGGCCCGUUGGGAUGGAAAGCUGGGGUGGGUGGUGGAGAGGUAUCACUGA